AUCAUCUGUACAGUCUGGUGAAGUUUGCAUGGCUGAACGUGCAGCACUUCUGACCGUGUGACCAUAUUUAUUGAUGUUUAUUGUGCUGUUCAUCAUCAUUCAGACGCUGAAUCUGACUAAAGGUGCAUGAAGAUGCCAGGGCUGCUGCACUGGACCUGGUUCAGACCUAAUCAAUCAGCUGCUACCUUUCUGUCUCAAGGACACACAGACCCUGACAUCAGCGAUUUCAGUGAUACAGCUUGACACGGGGACGUUAUGCAACCGUGCUCCCAGCCGAGCUUAUCGAGCUUUUCAGUAUCUCCCCAUCAGUGGAAAGGACUUUGACCAUCAAGCCUUCAUCUAUUACCGACCACAUACAGGAUGCUAAAUCUGGGAACAAUUAUUUAUGAAGCACUUUUACCAGUGAGAUCAAAGAGUGAAGCGUAGAGCGGAUCGAUAAAGAGCCUUUCCUAUCCUUAUCUGCGUGUCUUCUUACACGCGUCCAGCUGCAGGAAGAUGUUUUCUGGUCAAGGACACGUCGACCAGCGCGAUGACCCCAGAGCUGAACUGUAGCUGGCUCUGAUUUAGCAGGAAACAGCAAAACAAGGAGCCAACGUGUGAAAGGCUGCUGCAGCUCUCACUCCUGUUUAUUGGGGCAAUAAGUCUGAAGCAGCUUUUAAAACUGGGCUCAAACUGCAGGCGGCGUCACUGCAGGAGGAAGCCGUCCAGGUAAAGAUGAGGCUGUGUGUGGCUGUUGCCCUGGCGGUGCUGCAGCUCUGCAGCCCAGCGUCUCAGUUGGAUCCUAGGAACGAGAACGACCGGGAAAGACCCAGCAAGCCAUGGCUCAACCCCACACUGGAAGAUGUGGUCCCUCCUCUAGAUGUCACCAACCCUCCCACAUUCACAGAGACCGCGCAAGCUGAGAGCAGCCUCCACUCCCUCCCCAUGUUUGCAGAGUACGUCAACCUAAGGUGGGAGGCGUGGAACGGCUCGCUCCCAGACGGCGCCGUGGCCAUCUACAACGGCUACGCCGGACGAAGCGACUACGUGUGCAAGGUCAACUGUGAGGCUGGUUUCUACACGGCCAGCAAAGGCCGCUUCUGUCACUACCCCUACGCUGACAAAGAGUAUGCAGCGGCCAAGUUCGACGUGCUGGUGAAUGUGGACCAUUUUGAAUUCCUGCAGUGGGUUGACGAUUCGUACGGGUCAGUCCCCCAGUUCGCCAUUAGAACCUGCCCCAGCUCAAACAUCUAUGUUGGGAAAAACAAGUACGGACUUGGCAAAGUGGUGACUCAACACGAGGCCUUCUUCCUGCCCUGGGAGGGGAAGGAGUACUGGUACAAAAGUUACCAGGUUCUGGCGGUCAACACGGACGGCUACAGCCAGCACAUCUCCCACGUGCAGUACGCCAUCGAUGAGAUGAAGCUGUUCCACCACCCGCCCGAGGCCCUGCAGCUCGCCAAGGUCACCAACCUGGAGUGCAAAGACGUGGAGAAGACGGUGGCGCUGGAGAAGACGAGCACCACGGCCAAAACGUGGGACAUUGGCAGAGAGACCCGCAACGGCUCUGUGUCCACCAUGAAGGCCAAGCUGCCCAUCCUCGGCCCAGGAGACGUGGACUUCACCAAGGAGCAGACGGUGACCUUCUCAGAGGGAACCAGCGUGCUGGAGUCCAUCAGUCACGCUGUGUCUGUGGAGCUGCUGGUGCCACCCAACCACUCCUGCACCGUGAGGAUGGAGGGCAGGAAGAUGAAGGCCGACAUCCCCUUCACUGGCAGGCUGAGCAGGACCAAUCGUAACGGAGAGACCCACUGGACCUACAUCACAGGCACCUACGACGGCGUCAAUGUCGGCGAGAUCAACGCUGUGGUGGAGAGAUGUCAGCUGGUACCUGACGCUGUUCCCUGUUACCCCAACACUGAAGGUGGAAUGUGAUGAAUUCAUGUUCAUGUUUAACUAUGAUUUAUGUCAUUAAUUCAGCCUUUUAUAUUCUGCAUGGAGGCAAAAUGGUAGUAAAUGAAAAAGCCUGACGUGACAAGGUUUUAAUUAAGAUCUCAUCAAAAUAAAGUGUUUCUUUUCCUGUG